GCAAGGCGGCAGUUCUGGAAGCACUGGACACGCGAAUACCUGCUUCAGGUGUGGUCAGCGCACGCACCCACCUCACCAGCAGCAUGCGAGACGCGUAAGGCGACGUCCGUCCCUCUUUCUGGAAGUUGGCUCGCGUGUCAAGCCGGCGUCAUACUGGCGUGCUCGCUGCGCCUGGCCAACGGGUCGACGGUCGUUCGACCCAUACAAAGGCUUUGCCGCCUUCAAGUUGCAUCUGUCACGCAUCUGUUGUUCAUUGAGAGGGAUUCAGACUGGCAGGAAAAUGGCGUAAACCAACACCGCGUCCAAAUGAACUUGCAUUAUUCUUCCGCUGUGCAUGCAUGUGGCGCCAUGUGUCGAGAGCAAGCGAUAGUAGAGAUUGACACCGCUGGAUUGUUCUUUGCACCGUUAAUUAUGUAUUAUUUAUCCCCAAAACAAGAGGCAGCGCAACAAAUAAAACAGUUUAAAAACACGCGACGUUUUGGCACCCAUAAGGGAUCCAGCAUUAGGGAUGAAAAAAGCUUGACAAUCAGCCGUUCGUUAUUUAUUAAAGAGAAGGGCGUAGCCGAUGUGCCUCUUGUUUUGAGAAUAAUGAAUGUCCACCCCCAGCGUUUUGAGCACUGAAUAUCGAAAAGCGUGGACGACAUCCUUUCUUGCGCAAUAAUAGUAUUUGUAAAGGUCGUAUGUUUGUCUGUGUGUACAUGGACGGUGUCCCUGGCAGACCUCGGCAGUUUUGACUUUCGCUCACUCAAGUUCACUCACCACCCACCCAGUUCUCGGCUCGCUCACUCACCGUAUGCUCAGCUCUCGGUUCGCUCAUUCACGCUCUUUCACCGUCCGCUCAGCUCUCGGCCAGCUCAGUCGAGUUCACUAACCACCCGCCCUAUUCUCAGCUCGCUCACUCACGCUCACUAACUGUCCGCUCAAUUCUCGGCUCGCUCAUUCAUGCUUACUCACCGUCCGCUCAGCUCUUGGCUCGCUCACUCAAGUUCAUUCACCACCCGCCUAGUUCUCAGCUCGCUCACUCACUGUCCGCUCAACUCUCGGCUCGCUUAUUCACGCUCUUUCACCGUCCGCUCAGCUCUCGGCUAGCUCCGUAGAGUUCACUAACCACCCGCACUGUUCUCAGCUCGCUCACUCACGCUCACUCACUGUCCGCUCAACUCUCGGCUCGCUCAUUCACGCUCACUCACCGUCCGCUCAGCUCUUGGCUCGCUCACUCAAGUUCAUUCACCACCCGCCCAGUUCUCAGCUCGCUCACUCACUGUCCGCUCAACUCUCGGCUCGCUGAUUCACGCUCUUUCACCGUCCGCUCAGCUCUCGGCUAGCUCAGUCGAGUUCACUAACCACCCGCCCUAUUCUCAGCUCGCUCACUCACGCUCACUCACUGUCCGCGCAACUCUCGGCUCGCUCAUUCACGCUCACUCACCGUCCGCUCAGCUCUUGGCUCGCUCACUCAAGUUCAUUCACCACACGCACAAUUCUCAGCUCGCUCGCUCACGCUCACUGACCGUCCGCUCAGCGCUCGGCUCACUCGUUCACGCUCACGCACCACCCGCUAAGCGUCUUGCGGUCUUACGGCCUUACGGCUGUCCCUUAUCUUCCAUCACCCCCGUGUGUCAACCGAGCGGAUGAACACGAAAUUGACAGCCGGAUAGCUGAUCCAAAGAACGCAUUGGUGCACUGCUCCGCGCAGGAAAUAUGUAAACCAAAACCAAUUAAUUACUCGGAAAAAUCACUAAGUGUCGACGAAUAUUUUUCGCUGAAGGUCCGAAUGCGUAAAACAGAUGUUCCGUAAGCGUGCGAAGUACAGUUUAAAAGUUAGGAUGUUUAUUUAAUUAGUGAGCGUAUGCAAAUGGCCGCAUUACUCAGUUCAUAGCCCCACUGGCCACUCAGCUCCAGACUCGCGCACUCACGCUCAGUCACUGGCCGCUCAACUCUCGAAUUGCGCGCUCACGUUCACUCAGUGCACACUCACGCUCACUCACUCACUGCCCGCUCAGCUGUUGGCUCGCUCACUCACGCUCAGUCACUACCCAUUCACUUCUCGGACCGCUGACUCACAACCCGCUCAGCUCUCGGCCCGCUCACUCACGCUCACUCACCGCCCGUUCAAUUCACGACUCGCUCACUAGGGUUCACUCAUGAUCCGCUCAGCUCUCGGCUCGCUCACUCAGACUCACUCACCGCCUACUCAGCUCUCGAAUCGCUCACUCACGCUCAGUUCAUUAGCCGAAUUGAGCGUGAGUGAGCAUGAGUGAGCGCGCUCAUGAGUGAGUUUUGCCGAGGUCUGGUCCCUGGAGUGAUUUUUUUUGGCAGCUCCCAGCGGGCCUGGUCGUUCUCUAACGGACUCGGCCGUGUCAGUCUCUAAGCGGGAGUCUCGUUCUGGUUCACUACGUCGUCUGAAACAAUCGCGGCCGUGCCAUCCACCUCUGCAGUGCAGCCGCAUGCCAAGGAUACUGAGCGAGGCGGGGCAGGAGACGAGAAAAGCACGUGCGAGUGAGGGCGGCGUCAUUUCCUGUCACUGAUGGUGCCGCCACCUGCCGAGGAAAUCGCGUGUAACGAUGGCGAGUGAGCCCGCCUUACAAAGAGACUUUUCCAGAACACUAACAAAUCCCACUAUGUAUGUGUUUCGUGCCAGAAUUGAAUCCGCACCUUUACAGAUCUGCGUUGUGUGCACUGUUGAAAGGUUGUUGUCUUACAUGGGUGCAUGAGUAUAUUUUACUCCGAAAUGGGGAAGGACGAUCUUUGUGUUUGUAAAACCCAUCUCUUAAUAUAUUGACUGAACACCUGCAAGAAGGGAACCGUGUGAAGCGCGGGUAUUUUCCCGUGUCCGCCACAGAGCGGCGUCGCCUUUCGUAUCGAUCUGUGGCCCCAUUAUCCUCGCUACGCACUCAUCGAGCACAUUGCUCCACAAUGGCCCCGUGUUAAAGGCUCCACUUCUUGUCAGGUGGCGACCAAGAAGUACUGGGGAAAAACGAAUGCUGAAUCGAAUUCUCGAUCUGCUCCGUUGAUGGUGUCCACCGCCGAACGCCUCAUCCCUGUUGAUCAUCACUGCUAACAUCUUGGCCCCCAGAAGAGGACCCAGUGGAGCCCCCGCUCUCUGUCCCCUGAAUCCCCGAGUCCCAGCCCCCUUUGACCGCAGGUCCAACCUUACCUUCCUCCACCACCGCCAUCAUGGCUGCUUUUGUUGCCAAGCAGAUGAUGGGAAGCAAGCUAAACGCCGUCAAAGGCCAAAUCGGCGGCGACGGCGAAACCUCCGAAGACAAGGAGGCCGAAGCCGAGGCGGAGCAAGAACGGCUCGAGGCGCUACGCGAGGCCGAAGAACGUCGCAAGGAGAAGCACAGGCGGAUGGAGGAGGAGAGAGAGAAGAUGCGCCAACAGAUCAGAGAUAAGUAUGGCAUCAAAAAGAAGGAAGAAGAGAAGCCCGCAGAAGUGGAUGACUUUGCCGCUGGAGGUCUCAAUCGACGGAAAAAGACACCCGAAGAGAUUGCUGCCGAAAAUGAGGCUGCCGAGCAGGACGACCUCACAAGGUUGAAGAACACCAUCGAGACCCAAGUGAACGAGCUGAAGUCUAGCAUCGAAGGCAAAUGCAUCCUGCAGUGAGUGUGAGGGCCUCGAGCUAUGCAACAAGGGCGCAUCCCAAUGAUCCCAACAAUAUGGCUCACUGCGAAAGGAACCGACAGCCGCUAACCUCGGCCGCUGGUCCGUUUCGCGUCAAUCCGUGCGUACGAUGGCGCGUUCGCGGCACGCUCAACCAGCACAGGUGAUGACGCGUUCUCCACAGCUCGCUCUGGUUGUCACAAGCACUCGAAAAGCUCAAUUGACCCCUGCUCUGGAUCUCCCAUUGCACGCACAGUCGGUCGAGAAACCCUUCUUAAUAGUGCUGCCAUAUAUACUUUACGCCUUAUUCAAGAGUACAUUACUCCGACACGUAUAUACUUGUUUCAAGUACAAAUGUCACUAGAGGCAUACAAUGCUCGCAAAAGAAAAGCCAACAGACGCGGUUUCAGUGGAGUUGUGGCCCAAAUAUGGCACCAUGAUUAACGUGAGCGUACAUCGAGCCAAGGUCUCAGCUCUUGACGGCACAUAAUCCCUCAGGGCGGUUGGUCCAGAGCAGGUUUUGCGAUGUACUAAGUCUUGUGAUAGACUGUACAGACUUUUCCACAAUUCACGUUUUGUUCCAAUUCUGCGGGACUUACUAGGGCAAGGUACCUUCAAAGUGUGCCUUUUCUGCAGGUGUAAAAGCGUCCCCUCAGUAACCUGCUACGAUAAAGGAGACUAGCCCUUAUUUCUGAGAAUCGUUCAUUUUCUGUUAAACGUCAACAGCCCGUUUCAGACACCUUCUAGACACCCCCGGUACGAGCUUACAUACUUUUCCAAUACGCACAGUGUUAUAUCAUAGAUAAUAAUCAUAGGCCAACAUCCAAUGGAUAUGACGACAUAGAAACGACUACACUUUGGUCCCACCGACUGAGCUUGUCUACGGUAAAAAAAAUUCCGGAAAAUAUCUGUGUCUGAAAUCUGCGUGGCUAUGUAGGAAUCGCGCUUUUCAUGUACAUAGUCGUGUGUUAAGGUAGCACCUACCUGUUAAUAUUGUUGUAUAGGCAUAUUUUGCGGAGGUACCAUUGGUCGGCGGCGUCUGUUUUAUAAAACUUUCUCUACCAAAAAUUGUUCGCCUCCAUAUAGCGUCAGGUUGGCUAUUCACCUUGAGAUCAUGCUUUCUGGGGUCAUGUGGGGUCAUAUGCUUUUCAUAUUCCGUAAGCUUUGCCUCGUGAGUUUACGUCAAGCGCGUCGCCCAUGGAAGACGUUUUCUCACCUAAAAAUACCGUUCUGUUAAAAUUUCCCAUUGUACGAUUGACGCUUUCUUUCACCUUUUCAAAUUGCUUUCUUCUUCCAAGUGGAAUCGUUUACUUUGUGUCUCGUGGAUACUUUGGACUCUGUGCGGUACGUAUUGCACUGACGAAUACAGCAAUAUUGCAGUAUAUCACUGCAAAACAGGAGCAACGAAACAGGCGACAACCCCCUGGUGAGCCUCAUUUCAGUGGCUCCACCUAGGUUAUGUUCCCGCGGCGCCCUUUCGAGAGGUAUAGAGAGUCUAGCUAGAUGGUUUGCACUUACCCCAACGUCCAAGAGGCAGAACUGCAAUGAUAUACAAACCACAACCUAUUACUACAGACAGUAGCAUGGUACAAAACAUGAGUCAUUAAUUGAGGGGGGAAACCUGGCUACCAAUACGAUCCAAGCCACGCGACUACAGUUUAGCACAAGUCCUCCUCAUAAUCCGUUGCUUUCGUAACGCCUUCGAAGAACUUGUUUCUCCGCGAAACAACCAAGAUGACGAAACGACCUUUCCCUAGCCUCGAUCAUGUAGCAGAAUCUGGGUGCGAUCGCACAAAGUGACCACGGCCCGUGGUGCAAAUGUAGGCAAACGUUUGUUGCCAUGCAACAAGGCACCGAGUGAACACUAGCCCAAUGUAAAAAGCCCCUGAGUGGGGCGAGCGAGCUGUGGACGAGCUACGUGGCGGGAGCACAUGGAGCCGAGGGGGUUACGCUGUGCUGACGCCGACGCGAUAUAGCAAUAAAACGUUUCUUUCGGCUUCUCUUUGGUUGCUGCCGACAGCAAUGUGGGCCUCUUGGUAAGGAUGCAUUUCUUAACUUCCUGGAGCAACACAGACUAGACUUACUACGCUACCGGGUGGGGCUUCUUGGCCACUCUUUUUCGCUCGUUGUCGCAUUGAUUGCCGUCUACGCUCGCCUUAGCAGCCAACUUGGGAGCUCGGUUCGAGUCGGGUCCCCGUCUAAGAAGACACGACCAUUCGCUGCGUAGAAGAGAGAGAGAAACGCAACCAAAAGGGUGCUCCGCCAUCGUCAGUAGUUGAGUUGCUCCGAGACCAUAAGCCCUUCUGUUGGUAGAAGUGCCUAGUCGAAGCCCGGCGGCUGACUCCUCUGAUUGACCGAGGCAUAUGCAACACACACAAUGGGAUCCAACCCUCGCUAUUUGCUCCAAUGUCAUCCCUCUGCUGGACGCCCGCCUUGCGAAGCAGCAGGAAGCUCUACAUAUAAUUAGGGCCUGACUUUUUAGGGUUAAAUCCGCAUCCGCCCGAUAUUUACCCCCCCCCCCCCCCCCCGAACGAAAUCUGUAAAAUUCGGGUUUAACCCGAAUCUACCCGAAAACAUCCGGGUCGCGUGGCACGCUCAUAAGCGUGCAUUAACAUAAAGUUUGAUAACAUUGCUACAUUAACAUUACAUUAAACAUUACAUUACAUUAAACAUUAGUUCCGUGUUAAGACAAAUUUUUAUUAAACAAAAAAAAAUCACCCGAAUACACCUGAAUUCCUGACGACAGAAUAUGCCGUAACGGGAUUUAACCCGAAUACACCCGAAUUUUCGAAUGAAAAAUAUCGCCCGAUAUUUACCCCCCGAAUUUGGCCAAAAAUCAAACCCGAAAAAGUCAGGCCCUAUACAUAUUACGUUCAUGUACAGAGUGCCAUUAUAUGGCUCAAAUUUCACGCAAUCGAUUUGAUCAGAUUAAAAGCCGCUAAAGUAAAUCCACAAAAACUUGGCGAACCUCUCCAACGGAGAGCGAAUUUUUGGUGAUGACUUUUGUUUACCCCUCGGUCUUGCGAUGCAAAUAAAAUUGGUAUCGUGCGUGCGACAGAGCUGUAAUGCUAUGUCAGUAGCUCGUCGUGUGGAAUCAUGAAGUGGAGUACCCAGCUUCGGCCUGGUACGAACAUUGUUCUGCGGUUUAUUUGGAGAGAGUCCAGAGAUUCAGCAGUAAAGUGCAAGUGUUGGUUCCGUGUUGCUUUGGCCAACUCUUGCUCCCACAGGACAGAGCACCCGCCUUCGAAGAAACAAAGUCUAGAAGCUUUUAAUGGAUCGUCGCUUAGGAAGUUCAACUACGGCACGACUUUGGUCCCACGAUAACUGGUACGACACUGAUCCAGAAACGCAGAUCCAGCAAUGACGGAUGUUCCACAUUGACUCGUCACAAAGCCUUCCGGUUGGAGAAGAAGCAAAUGAGUUGUAUAGAUCCACCAAUUCGCGACUAAACACGGACAGAGUUACUGAAAGUUGGCGGUAAACUGAGAGAAAAUUGAGAAUGACAAAGUUACAGGAGCGUCCCUGUACGUGUUCAGAAACUUUGUGUUCUGUCGCAAAUUGCUAGAUAGAGCCUUACAGUUGUCCUUCGCCAGGUCCAGCAAGACGGGGAAGAUGCCAAAGGGGACGCUUCUAGCAGGGGUGUAAUAUUGGUACUGCGCUCAUCGGUUACCAACAGUCAGUUGAUCCAGUGCGACCCGGCUAUACACCGAUCCAGCAAUUAUAAUGCGCUACACGGUUAAGCCUGGCUACCGACGGUGGUGUCCAGCAGUGGUGUGACUUGGUCCCCGACGAAAAUCCCGCAAUGGCACAAUAUUCGCGCGACACCUCCAGCUAAAUGCGUGGCUCCCGCCGCACCGACAACGACACCAGAUUGUGAUAGCGAGAGAGCCGACGAUCGCGCCAUCGUACGCACGCUGGGAGGGAUUCCGAGGGUCGGCUCAAACAACGAAUUUCUUCAGCUUGUUUCUCAUUUCGCGUGUUGUAAUUCUAUUUAUCUAUACAUAGAAAGAGAGAGCAACUAUAUACUGUUGCGUGGUGCCUCCACGCGUAGAGCGUCGGUGUGUGUGUCCGCCGAAGAGCCCCGGGAGUUGUGCCAGGGACGAGCUCUGGAAAGCCCCGCCCACAGUGCAUGCUGGACGUUCUAUUGGACGUCGCGCGCGAGCGCUACAAAGUUACGAUGCAGUGGACGUCCUCAUUGUCCAAACUCGAGUUUAUUUGUUGCUCCGCUCGUGGAUACGUUAACUGGAACACUCCAGGUCUCAUGUUACAUUGAUAAGCAAAAAAAAAAGGACGAUACCAUCGAAAUUAUGUCAACAGUGCGACGCCAGACCAUCAAUUUGGCCGGAAUGCUCAUUUUCAUUGGCCUCUCCCAACAGCAUGCUCUGGUUCACCCGACACGGUAACUGGUACGUGAAAGGUAACGCCAGAAACAGACCGAAACACUGGUUCCCACGAAGUUCUCAUUUUUCCCACGGUAAAAAUAUCCCGUUGUGAUCCGUGGCGUAGACAAAGGGGAAACCCGUUCUGCCGACGUUCUGCCGACGUUCAGCACGGACUGUGGCCGGGGCUGAAGACGGCCGGCCGUGAGGCACUCACUCGCAGCACCCGCCCUCCUGCACAUGAUCCCGAGCACUCUUCGUCAUCCCGUAGACCACGACCAGAGCCCUUCCCCUCCAGUCUUAACGUGGGCCCUGCCCGAUCACAUGAAGAAAAAAGGUCGAUACAACGAGUUCACUUUAGCGGUGUCUGCUAGCGUUUCCGUGCACCCUCGUUCCUUGGGCUGCUAUGCCAGGAGGGUUGUAGUCUCCUAGCGUGUGUAGCUCUCCGCCGCGGCCUCCCUGCCUAACCGCCUGGGGCUGGCUGCGUCACGCCAGGGGACCAUUCGUUGACUCCACGAAAACUAUGUUGGGAGUUGAAACGGAUGACGUCACUCACCUGACAUGCAACGACUUACUCCUGGGACAUUGCACGAGGACAUUAGCCUCUUAGCAGACCUCUAUGGUCGUAUAUGACGUGCCACAUUAUCCUUGGCAGUUGGGCUCAAGUCUAAACUUGCAUGCUACGUAGCGAAGGUGUAAGAAAGUUCAAAAAACUGGUUGUACACAUAUCCUAGAUGAAAAAGCUUUUUUAUCAAUCCGAUUUAGUCUUAAUAAACUUGAAUGCUGCUAGGAACCACAGGAAGUUAAAAACAAUGGCCAUUAGGAGAGUAAAUCGCAUAGCCCUGUGUUAUGAUAUUAACUAUCCUUACUGGAUAAAAGGAAAUUGUCUUUGACAGCUUUUCUAGGAACAGAAACACAUAGUAGCGAAACAAGAUGAACUGUACUUGAGCACACAUUAUUAAGAAAUAUAGGUUUUCCUUACAAAUUGCUCUGGUAACAUAAUCAAGUCAGCGCUUCCAACACAACAGGUGAAGAAAUCUGCAAGACGGGGUUAAACGGGUGAGCUAUGGAAUCCGUUUCGACUCUACGAUACUUCAAAGCGUGCUCAUUCCAUUAUCGCCUCCAGAGGGCCGUCUCGUCUUUUUACUUUUACACAUGUAGAACACAUGUAUGUUGUAAAAUUGUAAUUGAAGCGCAUACAGUCAGUCUUCCUUGCUGAGAACACAGAAUGCCGCUCAAUUCAAAAUCAAAUCACUUGACCCUUUGCGGAACUGUUCCCGUGAAGAUUUUUUCUAAAAUUCAAAAUCACUCGAGUCGUGUCGCCACCACACUUUCUGCAACACGUUCGCAGACGACACAGUGACCACCACUGUGUGGCGCUGCAUAUGACGCAAUGACGUCAGUUAAAAAUCACGAUUCUUUUACUUCCUUCGAUCAGGCUUUGUUUACUCUGGGUGGCCACACGUGUUGAACUGACUGAAUGCCGCUCUCAAUGCUAUAUUCUCAAUGGUUGUCAAGUACUUGGAUGCACGUAGCAGAGCUCAGUGGUGUAUCGGAAGUCGGCCCCGAUGGAACAAGAGUCCCCGUGGCGUGGCGCCCGCCCCUGUCCGAAAACCGUUCGCCAACCUGCGAGCCUGCGACCGCGGGGCCGAGGAAGUCGCCCUUUCCGGAGCUAGUUCUGUAACAUAGACUUUCGUUUCUCCAGUUCUGUGCUUGGCAACACUAAACGUGUACACUAACCGAGUGAUGAUUAAAGUUCUGAAACAUG